AUGAUCAACAAUGAUGAUUCAGCAAACAUAAGAGUUAUAUGUAGAAUGAGACCAUUAAAUUAAUUAGAAAAAUCAACAGGGGGUGAAUAAUGCGUAGUGUAUGACGAUAAAAAUAUAACAAUUACAGUUGGAAACGAAAAACCGUAAGAAUUUACAUUUGAUAGAAUUUUAGAUCCUAAUAUUUGCCAAAAAGAAGCAUUUGAAACUAUUGCAAUUCCUGUUAUAGAAAGCGUUAUGGCCGGUUACAAUGGAACAAUAUUUUGUUAUGGAUAAACUUGCUCAGGAAAAACUUUUACAAUGGAAGGUCCUGAUAAUUUUACAGAAGAAACAAAAGGUUUAAUACCAAGGAUGAUGGAAAAAAUAUUCGAUAUAAUUAUAAAUUCUAGUGAAGAUUUAGAAUUUUAAAUACGAGUUUCUUUCAUAGAAAUAUACAAUGAAAAAAUUGUGGAUCUAGUAGACACGAAGAAAUCUAAUCUUCAAGUCAAAGAAAGUAAAACAAAGGGAAUUUACAUAUAAGAUGCUUCGGAAAUAUUUGUUACUUCAGUCGAAGAAAUGCGUGAAGUAAUGAAAACAGGCUCAUCGAAUAGAACUUAAGCUGCAACAAGAAUGAAUGAGCGAUCUUCACGGUCUCACAGCUUGUUCUAUUUACAAAUAUUUAAAAAAAAUACAAGUACAGAUACUACUACCAUAAGUAAAUUAUAUUUCGUAGAUUUAGCAGGAAGUGAAAAAUUAAGUAAAACAAAUGUAUCAGGCUAAUAAUUAGAAGAGGCUAAAAAUAUAAAUAAGUCAUUAACAUGUUUAGGAAUGGUAAUAAAUGCCCUAACAUCAGGUGGAAAAGAACAUGUCCCAUACAGAGAUUCAAAACUUACAAGAAUUCUUCAAGAAUCUUUAGGAGGAAAUGCAAAAACAACUCUUGUAAUAAAUAUUUCUAUGUGUACAUAUAAUGAUAAAGAAAUUUUAUAAACUUUAAGGUUUGGGUUUAGGGCUAAAAGUAUUAAAAAUUAAGCUAAAAAAAACGAGGAGAAAAGUUCUAAAGAGUUAUAUACAUUAUUGGAUUAAGCAAGCAAUAAAAUUAAAUAUUAAGAAGAA